AUGGUGACGCUUGUUCACUACAGGCUCAAGGUCACCCUGAAUGAUGGCAGAUCUCUCGUUGGACAGAUGUUGGCGUAUGACAAGCACAUGAACUUUGUGCUGGCCGAGUGUGAAGAGUUCCGAACCGUCAAGAGUAAGAAGAAGACCGGUACCAACGAACCUGCCCCUCCCACUCAACAAAAACGAACGCUUGGUCUCGUCAUCCUCCGUGGCGAAACAAUUGUCUCUGUCUCUGUCGAAGGCCCUCCCCCUGUCCAAAAGGACGAACCGUCUCUUGCCCCCGGUCCUGGUCAAGGAGCUGCCGCCGGUCGUGGUAUGCCGUUGGGGGCUGGCGCCCCUGGAGCGAUGGGCGCGAGGCCGAUGGCGUAUGCUAGGCCACCACCCGGGUUCCCUGGAGCGCCGGGAUUGCCCCCUGGAAUGCCUCCUGGUUUCCCUCCGGCGGGUGUUCUGCCGCCUGGGAUGCCGCCUGGAUUCAGGCCACCUGGGUUCCCUGGGGCGCCUGCUGGUAUGCCGCCUGGAUUCCCUCAUGGGUAA